AUGAUUCGCUUAGGCAAUCCGCGCCUAACCGGAUUCGGGUCUGGCUCCUCACAAACUGCUCAAACUGCUCCUUCCCUCAGCUCUCUCUCUCACCCCAUCCACUCUUACCACCUCUAUCCAUCGAGCCCACCCGACGAGUCAGGUUUUGCCUUGCUCGCCUCCCUGACGGUUCACGCCCCGUCCCUUUUCUUUCAUCGACUCGUCUGCGAUCGUCGAGCGCCUUCCGCUCCCCGGAAGGCCUCCACAACAACACCAGGCGUCAUGGUCGACGUCCGGUCCAAGAACCUCUACGAGCUUCUUGGCAAUGACCCUGAGCUCGACCCCAACAGACCCCCUCAGCCCCCCGCCCGGGCUGUCGACCGCCCUAUUGCCCGCCAUGGCAAGCGUGAUGCUCCCGCUGAGCCCACCAACCAGCCCCGUCUGACGGAAUCCAACGCUCGCCGUGGUGCCCGUUCGACUGGCAACGAGGCCGCUUUCCGUGAUCGCAAUGCCGGCCGAAGCAACAACCGCGAGAAGCCGACUGACGAGGCUCAAGCCCCGCGCCGUGGAGAGCGCGGCGGCCGCGGCCGUGGCGACCGCCAGUCCCGCACUGGACAGACUGACACCCGCAAGCAGGUGGAGCAGGGCUGGGGUGCCGGCAGCGGCGAGAAGGCCUGGGCUGACGAGCGGGUCGGCGAGAACAUCGCCAAGGAGGACGAGAACGAGCCCCAGACCCCCGCCGACGAGGAGGCCAAGGAACUGGCCGACAAGUCCAUGUCGUACACCGACUACCUGGCCGAGCAGGCUCGGAAGGACUCUCUGGCCGCCAAGCCCGUGCGUGCUGCCAACGAGGGCACCAAGACCGACUCCAAGUGGGCUGCCGCCAAGGAGCUGAAGCGCACCGAGGAGGAGGACGCCUACAUCCAGGGUAGCUCCGAGAAGGCCAAGCGCGAGAAGCAGCGCAAGGAGAAGAACUUCCUCGAUGUCGACAUGCGUUUCGUCGAGCAGCCCUCCAGUGGCCCCCGUGGUGGUGGCCGUGGCGGUGCUCGUGGUGACCGUGGUGACCGCGCUCCCCGUGGUGACCGUGGCGCCCCCCGCGGUGACCGUGCUCCCCGUGGCGAUCGUGGUGCCCCCCGCGGCGGUGCUGCUCCUCGCGGAGGUGAUCGUGGCCGUGGCGGACCCCGUGGCGGCGCUCCUCGCGGCGGCCCUCGCGGCCCUGCCGGCCCAACCGUCGACGAGAAGAACUUCCCCAGCCUCGGCGGCAAAUAG